UGAAGCGUAUGGACUUCCAGCAGUUUCCAUUGCCCCCUCUGCUCUAUAAUAACUAUACAGACUAUAGAGAAAAUAGAGAGGUGGAGAGACAGAGAGAUGGAGCCACAGAUGGAGAACAGGAGAAUAUGAGGGAUCCAGUCAGUGGUUCCGGCGACCGUUCUACGGCGGCGGCAUAGCCACCACCACCACGACAACAUCAGCAGCCGAUUCUGUUGUUUUUUCCAUUCUCUGGGUGCUCCGAUUUCAGUGUCUUGGAGCUAUCUAUGGUGCAGGUGUGGUGAAGGGGUUCCAGGGCAAGCACCAGUACACAGCUUUGGGGGGUGGAGCCAAUGUUGUGGCUCAUGGUUACACCAAGGGUGAUGGUCUUGGUGCUGAGAUUGUUGGGACCUUUGUUCUUGUCUACACUGUUUUCUCAGCCACUGAUGCCAAAAGAAGUGCCAGAGACUCACAUGUCCCUGAACGUGUACUCUUCUUUUUGUCUAUUUAAUACUUAUGUCUUAUGCACAGGGCCAGCCCUGGGGGUGGGCGAGCCGCACCCCUGGCCGAGGCCGAAUUUCCCCGGGGGCCAAAAAUUUUUAAUUUUUUGUUAUAACCAAGUAUUGAGUAUUGAGUGAGCCCAUAAAUAUUUUGAAGUGAACUCUUAUAACAAAGUAAAUGAAUGUUCAAUCGGGUUUUGUCUUUAAGUAUAGUUAAAGAACUUAUAAGGUCACAGGUUCAAGUCCUCCUGCUGACAUUUUUUUGGUUAAACAUUGUACUGCUGCAUUUCAUACAUGGCCUGGAAGUUCCCACCCAACGGAAAACGAUCGUUCACGCAGUGUUUCUUCUCGCUUGUGGGUACUUUGGAAAGCACGAAAUGCUAAAGUCUUUAAUGGUGUAGCCCCAUUUGUUUUCAAAAUCAUGCAGGAGGUAAAGAAGACAUCUUUUGACUGGUUAAAACACAGAUCAAGAAUGAGUGGGGUUGAUUUGAAGUAGGUGGUGAUCUGUGCCUGCACAACUUAAUUAUGUGAGGAUUGAACUGUUGGGUAUUGGAAUAGAGUUUGCUAUAAUUUUGUUGUAUGUUUGUAAGUCCCCUAAAGCAACUUGCUUGGGGAUUUUUAUUCUUUGAUUAUUAAAGGAAUGAUCCAUUGAUAGGAGCUCCUGCUCUUUCCGUGUUCGCAUCGCUUUAAACUUGAAAGGAUUUGAUUACGACUACAAGCCGGUAAAUAUGCUUAAAGGAGAAAAAAAAACCCCUGAGUUUCUAAAUGUGAAUCCUAUUGGAUAUGUGCCUGCAUUGGUGGAUGGUGACUUAGUCAUGGUUGACUCUUUUGCAAUCAUCAUGUACCUUGAAGAGAAGUAUCCUCAGCAUCCUUUGCUGCCUCGAGACCAUGCGAAAAAGGCAAUCAUUUACCAGAACGGCCGUAUAGAUUAUAAUGAAUUUGUAGCAAUGGUGCACAAUGGAAGCGCGACAUUGACAAAGAAGCAAUUGAAGGAUGAUUUUAGUGCCGGGUUAAGGGAGCCGGUGCCAGUUUCUUGUUUUUUAUUUGUUUUCAUUGUUUCAUAUAAAUGGCACACAGUAAAAAGUGGAUGUACAGAGUUCACAUUCAUACACGGGGCGCACACAUAUACACUUAUUCACGAGUUUUAUAGAAUAUUUCAUAACAUUUCUCACUAUUAG